GAAGCGCUUGUAUAAAGUCAAAAGGCUGCACAUGUGGGGCCACACUGACACAGAGAGACUCCACACUGACGCCUCUGCGCUCCUGCGUGAAUCUCUGAGGACGAUCAGCGAAACAUUGUGCCGAGGAGGGAAACACUGGAUGGUUAUUUGUCCACCUUUGGAGGAUUAUUAAUUGAUUGAUUACUUGAUUUAUAUUUUUGAUUCACAAGAACCUGGAGAAAUGGAUGUAUACAUUUUGAUUUCCGUGUUGUCAGUGAUGCACUCCUGGAUGUUGUGGACAGCGCUGUCAGCACCAGCUGGAGAGACACCCACUGUGCCCACCGACACUCAGCGGCCCCAUGUGCGGACCAAACGCUGCUCCUGCGCCACUUUCCUGGACAAGGAGUGCGUCUACUUCUGCCACCUGGACAUCAUCUGGGUCAACACACCUGAGCGCGUGGUCUCAUACGGACUGGGCAACGCUCCCAGGACGAGGCGCGCAGUCGCGGACUCCAUGGCAACGAGCAGCGGACCUCGCUGCCAGUGUCUCCGCCAAAACGACAACACAUGCAGAAACUUCUGCCGGCCGGAAAACCACCUCAGGUAUGAAACAUCGCCAGAGACGGUGAUCCGCUCCGCCGAGGGCGAUGGUUGUGUUGGGGCGCAGUGCAAACACAAGCUGGCAGCCGACACGGGCAGGAUUAAGAGGAUGACACACAGCAACAAGAAACGGGUGUCACCUCCAGCAAUCAGGGCUGCUUUGAAGACCCGUCUGCUGCUGGAGAAGUGGAGGGUGAGACAGCACCACAGGGCGAGAUCAUGGGAGGGCGAGAGCACGGCCUCCUAAAGAUGACAGAUCACCUCCGCACCUUGUCACACACAGAGGGGAAAGGGUUUCGUAAGCCCUUCUCUAAAGCCAGUGGGCAGCCCUGUGGAAGACAACAGAGAGCCCCCAACGAGGAUGGCAAACGUUGGCUUCAUGGCUGCGGUGUCAGAGCAUUCACAACUCUGCUUGGCUGCACUUCAGGCAAAGGAACGAGGUCACAGACAAUAUGGGGAGUUCAGGUGACAGGAGAUAAGCCGAACAGUGGACUUGACCUCAGUCUGCAGAAUCAAGGACAUUUAUUGAUCCUGUAGGUGUCACGGUCAGACCCUUUGGACUCAAUCACCAAUAGCAUUUCAUCUUACUGGAAGGAUUUAACAUAAAUCCUCUGUUACAGAAAAUACAAAUCACUGCCGUAUACGGGUGAAGGCAGUUCUGCUUAUUAUAUUUCAAAACACCAUUAUACAGCUGCAAAAGCAGACUGUUAAACCUGUGUAGAAGGGAUUAUGUGCCUUGUGUCACUGCUUUACACAAGACACUUUCUCACCGACUGAAACUAUUUACUGCAUUUUACGUAACAGGUCGUCUCCUGUGUGUCAGGUCAUUGUAGCUAUGCAGUACUGUAGCUGCUGGGAGUUUUCCAUGCUGAUGUUAUCACAGCUUUCUGAGCAUUUAUCAUAAUUUAAUUUUUUCACUAAAUAUGUAUGUUUGCUAUUUAUUUAUUCCUUUUACGUUUUGUAUUUUGAUGGCCACAUUGGUCCGUCACAUGUUUGGGUUUGCCAUUUCUAUGAAAUGUUUUGUCACCAAGGUGCCAAAUUUUGGCCAAACUUAAAUAAAUUUUUACAC